CAUGACUAGUGUGGGCUGGCUGAGGAUGGCAUCACUCUGACUGCAUUACAUUCUUCUGCACCAGCACGCCUCCUCUGCUCGCCAGUAGGCUUGGAAGAGCUGUGAAAGCAGUAAGCAAAGAGUUCCCCCCUCCCAAGCAAAGGGUGAGCUUGCCUUGACAGGCAGUCACUCGUAGAAGCUGCUGCUACUCCCAGUGUGUAGGCGCUCACAAAUCAGGAAGGAGGGGAAAGUGAUAGAGAAACAACAAAACCAAACACCCAAAAACUCCUCCAAAACAGCUGACGAUGAAAGUGACCAGGAAGAAAGCAACUUGAAGGCAGCCGGAGGAGAAGGACAACGAUUUUCCUAGAAACCUGGAACAGCAAAUCAGACCUUCCUCGGGAGAACAUUAGGCUAACCACGCAAGUGCUUCAGAGCGACAAUUGCAGCUGUGUCUGUGGGCUGCUGCUGAGAGCCAAGCAGAUGCCUGUGGAGCAGUAGUCUGCUAUGUGCCGGUGGACCUGAAGCCAGGAGUCAGUCAACAGAUCCUGAUCUCGGGUGCAAUGGCGUCGAUACAGAACAACUCCUAUCUGUCUAGGGCAACGGAGAACUUCAUGGUUCUGCUCUCCGAGAACAUGAGCGCCAACUCAUCCACUGCCGACUGCAGCGUGGAAGACAACACGUACAAGUGCAAAUUUGACGAGGAGUUCAAGUACAUUCUGCUGCCCGUCUCCUAUGGCAUCGUGUGCGUGGUGGGGCUGUGCCUCAACCUGCUGGCCCUCUACGUCUUCCUCUUCAGGAUCAAGACCUGGAACGCCUCCACCACGUACAUGUUCAACCUGGCCGUGUCUGACACACUCUAUGUGGUUUCCCUGCCCUUGCUGGUGUAUUACUACGCCAAAGGGGACAAUUGGCCCUUCAGUGUGGGCUUGUGUAAAAUAGUCCGUUUCCUGUUCUACACCAACCUCUACUGCAGCAUCCUCUUCCUGCUCUGCAUCAGUGUCCACCGUUUCCUGGGCAUCUGCUUCCCGCUGAAGUCGCUGCAGUGGGGCCGCGUCCGCUACGCGCGGAGGGUAUCGGCGGUGAUCUGGUUGGUCAUAAUCACGUGCCAGUCGCCGGUGCUCUUCUUCGUCACCACCAGUGUGAGGUGCGAGACCAUCACCUGCCACGACACGUCGAGCAAGGAGCUCUUCGGCCAGUUCGUCAUCUACAGCUCGGUGAUGCUGGUGCUGCUGUUCUGCAUCCCUUUCCUGACCAUCAUCGUGUGCUACUGCCUGAUGGCGCGGAAGCUGCUGCAGCCCACUCGGGGGACCUCCAAGAGGUCCAAGUCCAAAAAGAAGUCGGUCAAGAUGAUCAUUGUUGUCCUGGUGGUCUUCAUCAUCUGCUUCCUUCCUUUCCAUGUCACUCGCACCUUGUACUACUCCUUCCGGAGCUGGGACCUUAGCUGCGGGACCCUCAAUGCCAUUAACUUAGCCUACAAAGUAACCAGGCCCUUAGCUAGCACCAACAGCUGCCUGGAUCCCAUUUUGUACUUCUUAGUAGGCCAAAGGUUUGUGAAGUUCGCAGGCAACAAAAUGCCAGUGAAAACUCCAAACCAAACGGCCCUGAGGGGAGCUCCCAUCAGCAGCACGGGAACCAGCAGCAACCUACAUAUGAUAGCCAAAAUGUGAAAUCCUAGCCUGCUACAUUUCUGUCCACUGUCCCGCCACAUUGCAGACUAGUCUAUCUCCGUGGUGGAAGGCUUCUCCACUAUGUGUAGGGGAGUCUGGCAUGCGGCCAUUAUGCAUGCGUAACCCACUGGUGAGCGUGUUACAGGUCCCAUUCUGCGCUGAGUUGCAGAGGAUCUGAGUUGUUGCAGCCCCCAGCUACAGAGGCAUGAUUCUUUAGCUAACGCUGCAGCAGCUCAUACUUUUCGCUCUGAAGGUCCUACCUAUGGUGUGUCAGCCAAGGUGACAGCUGUCACCCAUUCAGUUGAUGCCCUAGGCUUCAGGUGUUGAUGCUUGAGCAGGAAUGCUUCAACAAGAUACACCUGUGCGUAUGUCACCAGUUUAAUGAGUUUUUGGAACUAAGGUGCUGCUGCAAGGAUAUAUUAUAAUCCCAUAUGCAUGUCCUCAUUCAGCUCUGCAACCAGAAUACUUCUCCUCCACCAAACCCACUCCUCUCUCUGAUCCUGAAAGAUGUCUAUCUAGGAGUGAACAAAGACUACUUGGUGCAUGGUGGUCAGGCCAAAGAAGUGACAAGCAUGGUAAAAGAAUAAUAGCCAUGUGAAAAGUUCAUACUGGUUUUUCUAAACCAAAUUUUUUCCAAAAAAACCCCAAACCCUGUCGAUAUUACUGAAAUGUUCUGCCUUUCACAACAUUUUCUGAUGAUGUUUUUAUCAAAAAAAUUAUUGCAAUUGGCAAGAAAACACCGUUUUCAGUGCGUGAAAAAGGUCGAUAAUUAUUUUGACAAAGAUUUCAAUCCAAAUAUUGAUUUAGAAUAUCUCAGAAAAUGGAGCCCUGGGAAAUGGAAAAGACUUCGACAUUUUUCACAAAAUCAUUUCCCCAUUUUUCAUCCAGCCCCCGGAGCAUCUCGUGGGGAAGUUUUUGUCAUUCAUACAAGGGAUGUGAGACUUUUUGCCUCACUCCAAGCUGGGGAGGGGGGGAGGAGGAGGGGAUGACUCUGUGGAAAAAUAGUUACAAUCUGCAAAGUCUUUUCCUCCUGGGUGAAUGUUUAGCACAAGAAAGGAACGUAAGUAAAUUAUAGGCAGAAAGGAAACAGAAAAACUCCCCAGCAAGGGGUUCUGUAUACUUUUAUGGGUUGCCUGACCUUCCCAAAGGCGAUAGCCUUCCUCUGUCUCCUGAGUGUUUGAUCUCAUAGCUUUUCCCCAGAGAGCACUGCUUGUUCACCAGGCACUGAAUAGUGCUGCCCUACCCUAUCACACCCAAAUUCUAAAGGCUUUUCGAAAGCCAUAAGGCCUCCAAACUGCGGCUUUUACUAAUUGCCCAAUACUGACUUUAAUUUUGGGUGGGGUUUCUUUUUACCCUUUCCCUAGUGAUUCAUCUUUCCUGAGAAAGCGAUAAGGCCUCUCAUCAUAUACCUGGCCAGGUAAUCUGGGGCUGGAGUGUAAGGUCAUGACUUCACUGCCAUUUAUGUUGGCAACAUUUUUGUCGCUUGUUUGUGAAAAAAACACACCCCUCCCCCGCGCAACAUAAAUUUCGCUGGCAUAAGUGGCAGUGUGCCCAGCGCCAUGUCGGCGGGAGAGCUUCUCCCGCCGACGUAGCUACCGCCGCUUGUUGGGGGUGGUUUAAUUAUGUGACGGGAGAGCUCUCUCUUGUCAGCAUAGAGCGGCUACACGAGCGAUCUUACGGCGGCACAGGUGUAUCGGUACAGCUGUGCCACUGUGAGCUCGCUAGUGUAGACGUGGCCUAAGAAACUAGAUAUACAGCAGCUGGGAAACAUUAUUCUAGCAUGGAGGCGACAGCACUUGGCAACUUUUAGCAAUUUGCCAGGAGCUGCAGCUAAUUGCUAAAGGGCCCGAUUCUGCCACUUUUACUCAGUACUGAGCCUGACUCAACCAUGGGCCAGAUCCUCAGCUGGUGUAAAUCAGCAUGGCAUUAUUAAAGCCAAUGGUCCUCACUAGAAAAUUAGGCAGUGUUAGAACAUGACCGAGAGGAGUCAGGUUAAGUAACAUGACGUUAAACCCUACUUUGUAGUCAGUGGGCUUGUCUUCACUGCCAAGUUAACUCAAGUUAUAAUAUGAGUGUUGCCCCUAACUCGAGUCCUGCCUACACACACAAACGUUAGCUCCAGUGCGGUGGUGCUUUUAACUCGAGUUUGCUGGCCCAUUAAGGCGUAUGAGCUUGAGUUAGUGCAACUCAUCAGCUGCCAACAUGACCACUUAAGUGUGGAUGCAGGCUAGCCCCACUUGAGUGCUUCCAGUCCUCCAGUGCCUUCCCACAAUUCCCUCAGUGAGCCCAGUAAGGACAGACAAGUCCACCCACAAUUCACUGGGAAAGAAUUCGUAGAGUGGCUCAGUUUACUGGAGUGCAAAGAACCAUGGGAUAUGAUCCGAGAAGUCUUAGUGCCACACACAAGUGAGGGCAACACCAAUGUGAACACAGUUAUUUCACAGUGUGGGUGCCUUCACUCAAGCUAGGCUAAAUCAGUGGAGAUACCCUGAGAUAACUCUGCAGUGAAGGCAGACUAGAGACAAGUUGUAUUCAACAUCAUGUCCACAUGUCCCGGUUAACCUUAUCCUUCCAGUAGGUUUUAACCCUGACUAGCUGAAAUGAGGUUAACAUGGCUUGCCCUUGAUUACAAUAGUUUGUAGAGAAGCAGAGUGGUCCAGUGGAUUGGACACGGUCCUGGGUGUCAGGAAAGCUGGGUUCUGUUCCUAUCUUUUCUACUGAUAUGGCCUGGAUUAUACAGGAAGUCGGUCUAAUGGUCCUUUCUGGCCUCAAAAGCUAUGAGUACAUAGCUGAGUUUAUCAUGUUAGUUCACAUGACUCAUCAUGGUCUAGCAUGACCUAAUUUUCUAUUGAAGACAAGGCCCAUGGUGCUAAACUGAUUUACACCUCCUGCUCCCAUGGAACUAGUCGUGGAUUAACGUAUUCCUCCAUGUGAGUAAGGUUGCCAGGCUCUUGCCCGUGAUUGUUAAAAUAAAUGCGCACCCUCCCUAAUAUUUGCUUGUGCUUGUAUCUUCCCUAUUGGAAUUGCUGGUGGGUUGAGUUCACAAACAAAACAACCUUCCCGUUGAUCAGAUUCACCCACUCCCUUCCAAGGUUCAGACACCCAUCAACUGAGACAUUUGAAGCCAGACUGGAGAAAACAUUAGAAAAUGUUCUGCACUGGCAAAGUCCAGCUGAACUAAUAGAUCUUUUCCAGCUCUAAUGUCUAGGUCUUAGAAACAGUCCAGCCCAAGCACCACAUUCCUUGCCCCCCCUUACCAACAUGACGAUGAUGAAAAAUGGGUGAAGGGGACUCACCCAUAACAAAACACAACCCAAAACUGCUUGUCCCAGGUAAGUGGGUGAGUAGAAUUUUUCAAGAGCAGACACGGCUGCAUAUUAGGACUAUGCAGAUAAUACUUUGCCCCCGUCUAAACCCACUGCUAGGAAUAAGACCUCUCAGUUUUUCCUGUCCCUAGAUUUUACAUAUGUGUGUGGUUUACUGGAGAUAAAGACACCCAGCUGUGUAAGACCACAUGUGAUACACGCAAGAGUCCGAUCCAAUCCUAUGAAGCCAAUGGGAGUAUUUCCAUUGACUUCAGAGGGACAUGGAUCAGGCCCCAUAUGAAAGACAGGAUUAGGCACGAUUAAAAAUCCCACUUAAUAUGUUUCUCUCUGAUCUAAUAGUGGUGCAGCAUCAGAUAUGGGUGAACAAAGUUAUUUGGGUUCAGAGCAACCAGAAAGGUACUGACUGGAAGUUUUUAUUUUUGUUUUUGAAAGUAUUAACUUAUACUAAAAAAAAAUGUUCAUUUUUGUGACAAUAUAGCACAUUUUUAUUUUUGUAAUAUGCAAUGAUCUUGUAUUGCUUAUGAUAAAAUAAGUCUAUUUCUAUUACUCUUAUUAUUUUUCUGCAAUCUGGUCAAACCUGGGUCAAUCUCAGAAGAGGUGGGGAUGAGGGGCCUGGCAUGAUGACUGAAUUGUUUAACAUGUUAGAGAGGUUUUCGACUCCAGGCAUGGAAAUGUUCAAGGUCUGCAAAUGUCACCAGAAUACUACUGAGAAACCCAUGCACUUUAAGGGUCUCUGGAAACUGGAUUUUUCCAACAGCUCUUCUCUUUAUAAAUGGCCAACCCAAAUCCCUGGAUCCAAAAUGCCACAAACGGAGCCCUGGUGUAACAAGGUGUACCAGGCUCUUUGAGGCCCCUUACAGGAUGUCAUGUGGUCUUACCCCACCUUGCCUCAGGAAAAGGUGCAGUGAAGGUGUGGCCUCCAGGCCUGCCUAGAAAGGCUGCAGGGAAGCAGCCAAUCAGAACGCAGCAGGCUCAGUUAAAAGGAGCUACAGGAGUUGAGCAGGGCAGUUGCUGGCUGGGACCAGAAGGGGGAAGAAGGAGUGAAAGGCUGUGUGAGACUCACAGGUAAGGAGACUGGGGAGAAACUCUGCUCAAGCCGGGAGAGGACUUGAGGUUCUCCAAGCGCAGAGGCCUGGGAGAAAGAACCCUGACAAAAAGAGGGCAGAGCUCUCCAGGCAAAGAGGCCUGAGAGGAGACCUGAGAAACCAGGACAGACUCUGAGAAACUCUCCAGCCAAGGAGGCAUGGGAGAGACCCUGCUCACACAGGGAACAGACAGAGAGCCCAAGAAGG